CGACAGCCGUAGCAGGAAACUUCCGGGGUCAAAGGUGACAGUUUCCGGCAAGUGGCACCUCCCUCUUCCUAUUUACCCCUCCUCCUUCCUGCCCUUCAAGUAGCUUGGAAACAGUUUUUCAAAAAUGGAUCCCUGUUCCUGUGACACUUUUGUGGCAUUACCUCCAUCAACAACUGAUAACAGGAUUAUUUUUGGAAAAAAUUCAGAUAGACUCUGCAAUGAAGUACAAGAGGUAGUUUAUUUUCCUGCUGGAGUUCAUAACUUGGGAGAACAGCUUAAGUGUACUUAUAUAGAAAUUGAGCAAGUUCCCGAAACAUAUGCUGUUGUCCUUAGUCGCCCAGCCUGGUUGUGGGGCGCAGAAAUGGGAGCCAAUGAGCACGGAGUUUGCAUUGGGAAUGAAGCUGUAUGGGGAAGAGAGGAAGUCUGCGCCGAGGAAGCACUGCUGGGCAUGGACCUUGUCAGACUUGGUCUUGAAAGAGCAGAUACAGCUGAAAAAGCCCUAAAUGUCAUUGUUGAUUUAUUAGAAAAAUAUGGCCAGGGUGGAAAUUGCACAGAAGAUAGCAUGGAAUUUAGCUAUCACAACAGUUUCCUGAUAGCUGAUAGGAACGAAGCCUGGAUUCUGGAGACAGCAGGGAAGUAUUGGGCAGCAGAAAAAGUGCAAGAGGGUGUUCGUAAUAUUUCUAAUCAACUGUCUAUAACAACCAAGAUUGAUCGGGAGCACCCACACCUGAGGAGCUAUGCUAAGCAGCAGGGUUGGUGGGACGGUAAAAAAGAGUUUGAUUUUGCUGGAACGUAUUCUUAUCUUGACACCGCAACGAUGUUGACUUCAUCGGGCAGAUACUGUGAAGGCUAUAAGCUUCUAAAUAAACACAAAGGGAGCAUAACUUUUGAAACUAUGAUGGAAAUUCUCCGAGAUAAACCAAGUGGCAUUAAUAUGGAGGGAGGAUUCCUGACCACUGCGAGCAUGGUUUCUGUUUUACCUCGAGACUCCAACUCUCCUUGCAUUCACUUUUUCACGGGGACUCCUGAUCCUGAGAGAUCUGUCUUCAAGCCUUUUAUCUUUGUGCCACAUAUUUCACAAUUGUUGGAUACCUGUUCACCAACAUUUGAACAUGAAGACCCAGUUAAAAAGAAGGCAGGCCGUAAGCCUGACAGAAGGCAUCCACUCUACCUGGAACACCAACAGGCACUGGAAGCAGUUGAUAAUAAUGAGGAAAAAGCCAAAACAAUGUUGGACAAUAUGAGGAAGCUGGAGAAAGAACUAUUCAAAGAGAUGGAAUCAAUCCUGCAAAACAAGCAUCUUGACAUGGAUAAAACUGUUAAUCUCUUUUCUCAGUGUGCAAAAGAUGAAAUUACAAUUUACAGAUCAAAUAUUAGUUCUUAAUGAUUAUAUAAAUGGUUAGAAAUCUUCCUCAAAGCUAGAAUUUAUUGCCUUGGUACAUGAUAUAUACCUACUUUGAGCACAUUUGAUUAUUCUUGAAUAGUAUACAAGUAAUAGUUUGAUAGAUGAAAUAUAUAAUCUACUGAAAUACCAAGAAAGAAAACAUUGAAAUCAAACAUAUAUGGAAUAGCUGGUUGUAACUUUAGGUAAUGUUAUUUAUUUUAGCUACAGUGACUAUUUUUUUGUCAUAAUGAUUAAGUAUUUGACUCUGCAUAAAGCAUGAAAUGUUAACAAGAUGUAUCAAUUUGUUUAUUAUAUCUAGAACUCAGAUUUUUAGUAUUAAAAAUAUCUCCAAUGGUGAGUUUUUUUUUCUUGUUUUAGGCAAACAUUAACCAGGUUUAAGAAGAAAAAUUUCCAUACUUACACAUUGUCUUUGUCAUUAUAGUACACUAAUUCUGCAUAUGCCAUUUUACGAAAUCCAGCAAACUGUCAUUAUCUGACCAGUGAACUUAUAGUUCUAGUCAGUCUGCCUCCUUCCCUACCUCUCUUCCCUUGGGAACCACGAGAUCAACACCUGAUCUUUUUAUUGUUUCCACAGUAUGGCUUUUUUCAGAAUUAUUAUACGUUUGGAAUCACUCAGUAAGUAGCCUUUUCAGAUUUUUUUUAACUUACUUGUAAUGUAUACUUAGGAUUCUCCAAUGUCUUUUCAGAGCUUGUUAAGCUCUUUUCUUUUUAGCACUGAAUAACAUCCUCUAGUCUGAAGGUACCACUACUUGUUCUUGGCUAUGUCCAAAUUUUGGCAAUUAUGAAUAAACCUAAAAAUACUCACAUGUA